CAUGUGCCCUAUUAGCUCGUGUUCUCGAUCUGACUUUAUUAGUUGACGUGCACAAACAGCCAGCUGUGUGUAUAUACACACUAGUGAUAUAACACCACAAUCACAUAGCUGUUUUCUUUCCUCUAACAACCAGAAGUAAAAUGUGUCCCACCGGAAGUGCCCUACGACAUCCUCAGACCACCAAGAUGUCAGAUUUCCGUCCGGCAUUUGAGGUGCUUGAUGCCGACCGUGACGGGAAGAUCAGCCGGGACGAUCUUCAAACGUUUUACGCCGGUUUUUCUGGCACCACGGCGUCGUCGUCGGAGGACAUUAUUGGAUCAAUGAUCUCCGUUGCAGAUUUGAACAAAGACGGUUAUGUAGAGUACGAUGAGUUUGAGAGAGUAUUGAAUGGCAGGAAGAGGAGAGAGAGAAGUGGAGGGCGAGGUGUGAUGGAAGAUGUGUUCAAGAUUAUGGACAAAGAUGGGGAUGGGAAGGUCGGCCAAGAUGACCUCAAGAGUUACUUCAGCUGGGCUGGUUUUGAUGCCACUGAUGACGAUAUCAAGGCUAUGAUCAGAUUGGGCGGUGGUGAUGAAGAGGGAGGCGUCACUUAUGAUGGUUUCCUCAAGAUUUUAGGCCUUUAAUGAUAGAUGGUAAUUUUUUUUAUUUUUUUCUUUUUGUUGGGAGGGGUGUGGUUUCAACAACACCAAUGUCUAUGGUAUGAAACAUUGAUCAUUAAAUAAAUUUGUGUAUUUUCAGAUGAUAACGGAAUCUUAGAUCGUCAUAUAAUUUUAUUCCUA